AUGGCGGCUGCGGAAUCGGCUUCGUCCGUGAUGCCUGCGAGAGGGGGUUCUGGCAAGAUGACGACGGUGGCGCCGCCGCCGCACGCGGGGGCCGCUUCUCCGCAUCCACCCGCAGAUAGCAGGAGGACCGGAGGAGGCAAGAAGCAACCAGCGGCGAAGAAGCAGAAGAAGUCCUCGAAACAUCUGCUCCCGGCGCCGCCGCCGGCGGUUGGCCCGCAUGGAAAGACGGGAGCAAGGGGAGACGGCGCGGCGGGCGCAGCGGUGGUGGUGGGGCAGUCGACGCCACCGGCGCUUCCGCCGCCCGGCAGGGGCGACCACCGUGUGGGUGAUGGGGCGGAGGGAGACGAAGAUACGGCGGGUGGAGGAGAGAACAGAUCAACAGCGGCAGCGGCGGCGGGGGCGCGGGCGUGGAAAGGGUCACCCGGGGUGGACGCGGCGGCUAGAAAGGAGGGGUGGGUGUCACCGGGGGCAGUGGCAGGUUGGCAGUCGGCGUCAGCACGAACGACGCCUGCGGCGUCGGCAUCGGCGGCGGGGGCGGGGGCGCCACGCGCGCCAGAAGAAAUCGUGGCCGCUGCGGAGGCGUGGUGCGGCGUCGAGGCCUCAAGGCUGAAGCGCGACGCGCAGCAGGCGAAGAAGCGGAGCUGGGACGACUUCGAGAAUGGGGGGAACGGCAGCAUCGGGACUGCGGAAGCGGCGGCGGCGGCGGCGGCGGCGGCGGCUGUUGACAUAGGGACGGCGGAAGGGGCGCGAAGCUCGACAGCACGCGGCAGUGGCGGCGAAACCUGCAGUAGCAACGGCAACCUCGGUGGUGGCCUCAAGGCUCCGCCGCCGCCGCUGCCGCCGCCACCGAACGGUUGGCAACGGUCGGCCGAGACGCCGUCGCCAACGCCGAGCUCUUGCGCCGCCUCGGCUUCAGACUUGUCGGCUAGGUCUCCCGCCACUUGUUCCCCUCCGGGCGAACAGAGGAUAGCGUCCGCGGCCGCCGCCGACGGCGGCGUUGUGCCACCGACUACGACAGGCGGCACGGGCGGGGGGGACACGCCGGAGGUGUCUGCGGCGAGGGCGGCGCUGGAGGAGGCCGAGGAGUGCGUUGGGGUGGACCUGCCGUCGCUGGACAAGGGCCCGCCCGAUGCGGAGGCGGACUGCAUCCUGUGCCACGUCCCGCGGGGCGCGCUGCUCCGGGCGGAGAGGGGCACGAAGGGGCUGGGAUGGUGCCACUGCCUGUGCGCGUUUUCGAAGGGGCUGCUGAUCGAGGACAGAGUAGUCAAGACGCGGGGCCGCAUCAAGGGAGACGGCUCGACGUGCGGCUUCUGCAAGAGGACCGGCGGCGGGAUCAUCGAGUGCUCGGAGAAGGACUGCAAGGUCACCUUCCACCCCCUGUGCGGCAAGCCGUGGGGGGGCUCCGCAGUUCGCGGCCCCCACCUACACCCUGACCAGUGGACGGCGUGGUGCCCGAAGCACUCCGGGGGAGCGGCGGCUAGGGCGGCGGCGGCGAGAGGGUUAGCGGCGAAGGGUCCGUUCAUGGGGGGCGGCAGCAGCAGCGACGGCAAGGCCAUGGUGAUGCCGGUCAAGGAAGUGUACAAGAUCUCGAAAGCUGCGCAGCACAAGACGAAGGCGGCGGCGGCGGCGGCGGCGGCGGCGGCGGCGACAGCAGCGGCGGAGGCGGAGGCGGAGGCGGAGGCGGCAGCGCCGGCGCCGGCUCCCCCGGCGAUACCGGCGAUACGGGCGAUACCGGCGAUACCGGCGAUACGGGCGGUAGUGCCCCCGACCCCAAGAGCGGGGGGUUCGAGGACAGGACCGGGGCGAGGUGUGUCUGUGUGCGAGGCGGACCCAGAGGUUAAGGCGUUGCGAGCGGAGGUUAAGAAGGCGCACAAUCGUACGAGGGAGGGGCUGUGCCCGCCGGGAUGCUGCCACCAGUGCAAGAGGAAGUCUAAGUGGACCGCUCCCUGCUCAACGUGUCAAGAAGUUACGUGCGGGUACUGCAUUAGCCUACACAGGUGGCACAAGACGACAUCCAGGAAGCCCGUGUCAUGGUAG